AUGCUCUGCCGAGGGCGCCCGGUACUCCAAUCUCUGCGCACGAUCCGUCCUAUCAUUGUGGUUAGGGGAUAUCGACCAAGCGUUCCCGCUGCGUCAACAGGCCGCCGGCCCAUCGCUAUCCCCGUCGACAUCCCAGUGCCAGAGUGCAGCCCAUCACCUUGCUCUAAUCAACUAGACUGCCCAACACCCGAUGGCUCCGAACUCCUCCCUCCACCACCAAACCCUCGCUCAAUCGCCGCUCGCCGCAGUCUUCUCCUUUUCUCCAUCCCAAUUCCCCCCGAGUCCUGGCCAAGUCACCUCGACUUUGCCUCCCCCCUCAUAGCCGAGGCCAGCAAUGUCUUAAAACGAACUGGCACCUCCGUCAACGCGAUCUACGAUGGGGUUGGAACGGCCACCUUCCCUGCCCCAUCACGCAAGCGCGACCCCUACACUCCCAGCACUAACACGGACGCGGACGCAGACACGCCUGCCACUGCCCCUCCUGCCGAAUGCUACCCCGCCCGCCUUCUCUACCCCGACGGAAGGACCUUUGACUUCCCCGCCUUCAAUGAAGCCACUCUGGACUCGCCGCAACUCCGCCGCGCACUCAUGUACAGGCCCUCAGGGAGUGUCAUGGGAGGUGGCGCCCCGAACGAACUGCCUGGAGAAAGCGAGAUGCCGAAGGAGGUGCUAGUGUGCACCCACGGCGCACGGGAUUGCCGCUGCGCCGAUUACGGGGGUCCCCUCGUCAAGGCUCUUCGAGAGCAGGGAGUAGCCGUGCGCGAGAUCGGGCAUGUAGGAGGACACAAGUGGGCGGCGAACGCACUCCUCCUCCCCAGCAUGGACAUGCUGUCAAACCUGCGCGCGUCUGACGCCGCUGCAGUUGCUUCGUUCAAUAAGAAUCGUGACUCGAAGAGCGCAAUGUGGGCACACUGGCGCGGCCGACUGGGUCUGAACGACGAGCAGCAGGCGCGUGUCUGGGAGCGCAUCCAGCGUAACUUUGCACCAGCGAGCGAAACCAAGCUCAGCGGGGAGCACGUGCCGCUCACGUUCCGCACGUUUGAGGGCGAGAUCAAGAGCGUCGAAGGGCGGGUGGGGGAUUCUCUGUUGGUGGUCGCCCACGAAAACGACCUACCUGCCAUGGAGGGGACUUGUGGUGGCAAUGCAGAAUGCGCUACCUGCCACGUCUACCUCGCUCCAAGGCCGGCGCGACCACCAGUACCGGAACCGGGGGAGGACGAGCUCGACAUGCUCGACUUUGCGCUCGAUUAUCGUGAUGGGCUGAGCCGAUUGGGGUGCCAGGUUGCGGUAUCACCAGAGCUGGCCAAGUGGUGUGCCGAGGGGGGCGUGAUUGAUCUGCCCAGGUUCUAG